UGACAGCUAUAUUGACAGUGACGUUCGCAAAGAUAAACAAUUACACAUGAUAACUAGAUGUGUGAUAAAUUAUAAGUCACAACUCACAAGCCAACUCGAGCUGGCUAGAGCUGAUGAAGUCUGAGUGAGUGAAGCUAGUUAGGACAUUAAAAACAUUUUAUUAAUAUGGCCGCCAAAUAUGAGGACGGAGAAGUGAAGGUGCGGCGGUCCACGAGGGACGAUAUGAAGGCUGUCGCUGAAAUGAUACAGGAACUCGCGGAUUUGGAGGAAAUGUCGGACGGACCGAAACUGAGUGUGCAGGACUUGCAACGAGACGGCUUCGAUCUGCAGCCGCCAGCGUUCUUGUGUCUGGUGGCGGAAGUUAACAAGGACGGUGCUCCUCUAGUAGCCGGCUAUGCUUUAUAUUUCCCAGUUUAUUCAACCUGGAAUGGUCAGGCCAUGAUGUUAGAGGAUCUGUAUGUGCGGGCCAGUGAGCGGCGUCGGGGGCUCGGACAUAGAUUGUUUAAUGCAGUCGCUAGAGAAGCUCACUUGAUGGGUUCAUCUAGACUAGACUUUCAUGUUCUGGAGUGGAAUAAAAAUGCUAGAGAUUUCUAUGACUUGAAAGGAGCCAUCAACAUAACACAAACUGAGAAGUGGUGCUUCUACCGUCUCAGCGGUGAUGCUUUGCAGAAGGUCGCUCUCGCUGCUAAAUCAUGAUAGACAUUCUUUAGAUAAUUUUGUUAGUUCUCAUUAAAACAUUGUUGUUUAUUAUAA